AUGGCCCCAUCAAUUCAAACGUCGAUUCAGCGAUCGAUUCUCUCGACGAAUCGUCUAUCGCUUGACGGUGGGACGGGGAAUGGCGGAGAAUCGAGUAAAGGGAUCAGAGAUCAGAGCAGAAAGAAUGAUUUGAAGAAUGAAGCCGGCCGCGAGCUGGCCACAAGCUUGUCCACCGUUUUUGUCAUCGUUUAUUUGCAGGAAGCUGCGUGGAUCUGUGCGCCGUUGAUCAUCUCUCUAAACGUCUUGUUGCACUCGUUUUUGCGGGAUAUUGGUCAAGAAAAAAUUCUCUUCGGCUUCGCUUUCGGGUUUUUCUUCGUCACCGCGUUGAGCUCGGUGAUCGGGCUGUGGUGUAUUCACAGUCGGGCACUGGCCAAGCUGCAACAGAUGUACUUGCUCCCAUUCUUCGUCACAAAAGCGAUUCGAAUAUGCGUGCUGAUGAUUGUCGCCAUCUACAUUUGCAUUGAUAACGAGCGACGGAAAUGGUAUUUCUACGUCUCGCUGUACGCCGCUUUCGAGAGUUUAGCCGGCAUCGUCGUCUUGGAGAUCGUCUACCGGAGUUGGAAAUAUUUGCGAAAGGCGAAGAAACAAAAGAAUAGAGAAGUUGAGGUCCUAUGGCGAGAGCCGAAAACGUCGAUCCGAAGCUCGCAAUCGAUUCCA